AUGAGAGGAUUGCAGGGGGCUCAGUCAAGCCGAAAGGCGCCAUUCGUUGUCACAGCGGCGGCCUGCCUACUUCUCUCAGUUUUGAUCCUGCGCAGCUACGUCGAACAUGUCAACUUCCGCGCCACCAUCGGCAGCUCUUUCCACUCAGGAGGAAAUCAGACGGGCUGUCCUUCCUCUCUCCCCGGCAAUGCGGGCUCCGACGUCCUCCUCGUCAUGAAAACGGGCGCAACAGAAGCCCACGCCAAGCUGCCCAUCCACUUCAACACGACGCUACGAUGCGUGCCGCAUUACGUCCUCUUCUCCGACGUCGAUGAGGAAGUCGACGGCCACCAUGUGCACGACACACUUGACUCCGUCACGGAGUCGGUCAAGACCGCCAACGCGGAUGACUUCGCACUGUACCGCUUGCAGCACGAAUUGCACGCGCAGGGCGUCAAUCUGGGCAAAAUUAUAGCCAAUUCAUCCGAAAUGCGAAGCAAAGCAUGGGUGCUGGAUAAGUGGAAGUUCCUGCCGUUGAUGGAGAAGGCGCUGGCAGCCGCGCCGGGGCCGCACACGAAGUGGUUUGUGUUCGUGGAAGCGGACACUGCGUUCGUGUGGUCGAAUCUAUUGCGGUGGCUGAAAUGGUUCGAUCCGGAGAAACCAUGGUAUAUAGGCGGCCAAACCUGGGCCGGCGGAUCGGCCUUCGCCCACGGCGGCACCGGCUUCAUCCUGUCCCGCGCCGCGCUCGAGCGCCUCGUCGGCCACCUCGCCGAGCACCCGGACGUCUACCCGUCGCUCACCGCCGACAACUUCGCGGGCGACCUCGUCCUCGCCCUGGCGCUGAAGAGCGUCGACGUCCCGCUGACCAUGGGCUUCCCCAUCCUGCAGGGCGAGACGCCGUACAAGCUGGACUACACCGAGUUUCAUUGGUGCCAUCCGGUCGUUACGUGGCACCACAUGAGCCCCGGGUGGGUGGAGAAGAUGUGGGAGUUUGAGCAGGAGUUUUUGAGGAGGGUUGAGGGUGGUGGUGGUGGUGGUGACUGGAUGAGGGGGCGGCAUCAGGAGGAUGUUGGGGAGGUUCAGAGGAAGGAGUGGGACAUGGUUAUGAGGCAUUACCAUGUGUUUGAGGAGUUUGUGGCGCCGUAUGUGAGGGUGUCGGAGAAGGCGAACUGGAAUAACUUCAGCCCGGAUAUUCUGCAGCCGGCGAUGGUGAAGGAGUUGGGCCAGGAGACAGGGAAGGAGGGGUGUAAGAAGGCAUGCGAGAAGUUAGAAAGGUGCAUCCAGUGGUCUUGGGUAAAGGAUAGAGGGGAUGGAGUGUGCAGGACGGCUGAAGUGAUGAGGCGGGGGGAGGUGCCAGAUGAAACCGAUUGGAAUGGUGUAGAGAUGACGAGUGGGUGGAUCGUGGAGAGGGUGGACGAGUUCAUGAGGAGGAUGGAGGGAUGUAGGAAGGGCAACUGGAUUAUGGGCCCAUGA